GUAAAUAAAAUGCUCCCAUUAAAAAAUAAGAAAAAACCAAACAAACGACCUAAAAUUACAAAGUCGUUUGAAAGUUCGUCUAGUAUUGACUCAACUCAAAUUUCACAAGAACAAAUUAUUUGUAUUUCAAAGUGUGUGGUUGAAUUUUUGAAGCCUACUAUCGAACAAAUUGUUCGAUCAAUUAUCCAAGAAAUUAUUCCAAAUUUUAAUAAUACCACAACAACUACAAACAACAGCCAACCUUGGGGAUCACACCCCUUUUCUAACAAUAAUUUCGAACCUCCACUACAACAUUUUAUUGAUAUUUCAAAUUACAACACUUCACACCAAGAAACCAUAAUUAAUAAAUCAAAAACUGCAGUGUCUGGUAGAGGAGUUGGAUGAGAAGGAAAUUCAUCG